UCCUUCUUCGAUAAUUGAAAUAACAGAAGUUUCAAAAAUGUUAAUGCCAGCGCUUAACAACAAUGAUGAAAAUGAUGAUGAUGGAGAAGAUAUUUCAAGUGAUGUGGAUUUGGAUUCUAUCGACAAAGAGCCUUUCAUCAGCAACUCGAGAAGUAUAUCAGAAAAGGAUAAUACUCAGGGAAAUAACCCGCCAAAGCAGAAGCGUCGCAGCAGAUAUCCUUUUGGAAAAACAAAAAGAGUGCGUUGGUCCAAGGAGGAACGUGCAGAAAUAACGAGUUUGCUUGGCGAUAUUGAGAAUUUGGAUACGCUGCCCUCCUUAAAGGAUUGUAACAACCUUAUCCAAAACUCUACAUUCCUUAAAAAUCGCACUCCGCCGCAACUGAAAACCUGGAUCGACAAUCAACGGAAAGCAACAGCAAGAAAGCGCUCAACUUAA